AUGGGUGCAGCUCCUUCCAAAAUUGUGGAUGGACUUUUAGAAGAUACAAACUUUGAUAGAGAUGAAAUUGAGAGGUUGAGGAAAAGAUUUAUGAAAUUAGACAGGGAUAGCUCUGGCUCCAUUGACAAAAACGAGUUCAUGAGCAUUCCUGGUGUUUCAUCGAAUCCCCUUGCUGGACGUAUAAUGGAGGUUUUCGAUGCUGAUAAUAGCGGUGACGUAGAUUUCCAAGAAUUUAUCACAGGGUUGUCUAUCUUUAGUGGGCGUGGGUCCAAGGACGAAAAAUUGAAGUUUGCCUUCAAAAUCUACGAUAUUGAUAAAGACGGCUUCAUAUCGAAUGGUGAGUUGUUCAUUGUUCUGAAAAUCAUGGUGGGUUCCAAUCUGGAUGAUGAACAGCUGCAGCAGAUAGUAGAUAGGACAAUAAUGGAGAAUGAUAGUGAUGACGAUGGACGUCUAAGUUUCGAAGAGUUCAAGAAUGCCAUCGAAACCACCGAAGUGGCCAAGAGUCUGACAUUGCAGUACGAUGUUUAG